AUGAUACGUUAUAUGAAUAAUAAUGAUAUUGCUCUGCCAAUGCCAUUUGGAGUGAACGAAAAGUCCGUUCAACGUAAAGACUUCUAUUUAGAAGCGAUGGAAAGAAAUUGCAUCAAAAAUGAAGGCUUUAGUAAGAGAAAUCUUACAAGACUUGAAGUGGAUAGUUUGGAAGAACUUAACAUUUCCAUAAAAAACCAGAACAAUCAACAUGUUUAG